CUUCCGGGUCGCCGUGUGCCCUGGUCCAAGAUGGCGGACGAGGCCACCCGGCGUGUUGUUUCUGAGAUCCCGGUACUGAAAACGAACGCCGGGCCCCGGGAUCGGGAGCUGUGGGUGCAACGACUCAAAGAGGAAUAUCAGGCUCUUAUCCGGUAUGUGGAGAAUAACAAGAAUGCUGACAAUGACUGGUUUCGACUGGAGUCCAACAAGGAAGGAACACGAUGGUUUGGAAAAUGCUGGUACAUCCAUGAUCUACUUAAGUAUGAGUUUGACCUCGAGUUUGAUAUCCCGAUUACAUAUCCCUCUACUGCGCCUGAGAUUGCUGUCCCUGAACUGGAUGGAAAGACGGCAAAGAUGUAUAGGGGUGGCAAAAUAUGUCUAACAGAACACUUCAAACCCUUGUGGGCUAGGAAUGUGCCAAAGUUUGGACUGGCUCAUCUCAUGGCUCUGGGGUUGGGACCUUGGCUGGCAGUAGAGAUCCCAGACCUGAUUCAGAAAGGGGUGAUCCACCACAAAGAGAAGUAAUGCCUCUGCCUGAAUUUCUGAUAUAUUUGGCUCCUGCCCCCUUCAGCCAUCAUCACGAUGUUCAUCCACCCAGCUGAUAAAAUGGCCCUUCUCUGCCUUUUGCCAUGAAGUUGCAGUGAGUGGGCCUCUGGGAUUGAAUUGCUACAAAUAAGUAUGCUGGGACUCAUAGCCUGGCCUUGUUUGGAGACAGGGCUGAGAGCAGCAGGCAGACAAUGGGACAAUGAUUUCAUCGUUUUCCCACUACUUGGAAAAAUGUGAGCAUCCUGAGAGAGAUGCAACAUGAAAAUUUAUGUCAUUCCCUCUGUUGGAGGCAAUAGCUAUGUCCUCCUUAAAUAAAAGCUGCUUCCCCUGGC